AUGUUUCCAUGGUUGUGGUUUGGAUCCAGUCGUCCCAGUGUGUGUAGUGCCACAAUACUUAUUCUGAUCCUCAUUCUGCUGGUUUGGCUGUGUGGAAUCCAUGCCAGCCUCAGUUUAGGACCAGGAGGAGAAUUUCCUGAGCUUUAUGACUUCAUCUUCUACGCGUUGAGUAAUGAAGAGUUCACAUCGCUCCUGCACAACACUGUCCUGUUGGUGUGCCUCGGACCGCAUCAGGAGAAACGAUGGGGCACAUUUAGCUUUCUCAUCCUCUCCCUGCUCUCUACAGUACUCCUACCACCCAUUUAUGCCCUCUUCCUCUUCGUGACGGGGGAUGAAGCUAGCCGAAUCUGCGGCUACUCGGGUACCCUGAUGGCACUGUUGGCUGCCCAGUGUCGGCAGGUCAAACAGAGACGGGUCCUGCGCUGUCUACCUCCCUGGUCUGUGCCUUGGCUGCUCUUAUUGCUUGAUCUGUUCUUGCUGCCGAGCGUGCCAGGACUGCUGCACUUCUACGCCAUCUGCCUGGGCCUAAACUACAGCUCUGAGUUCAUCAAAUUCCUGCAACGGAUAGAAGGUCUCGGUGUGUGCGCCUGCCUGCCGUCAUGGGCGUUCAUUCCUGGUGUCUCCUACCUACCCAGCUAUCAGCUGCCCACCUACACGAGCCCUACACAAAGACCUGAACCUUACACUGAGGCUGCUCGUUUGGGACUGGCAGCGACUAGCAGGUCCCAGUUGGAAGAUCACUCCCACGCUCAACCAUGGGCGCACAGCGUACCUGAAUGGCACUACGAGCCUGUUAUGGAAACAGAUACACAGCUAUUAGAUGAGGAGUUGCUAAGAGUGGGGAUAAUGGCAUCGCUGCAGGACGCUCCUGAGGGUGCAGCAGAUAAAAUGGAGGUGUCCAAAUCCUCGGUUUCGUCAAUAAGACUGCAGCAGCUGCAGAAGAUGGGAUUUCCUACAGAGAAAGCCGUGGUGGCGCUGGCUGCUACACCAAAUCUGGACGGAGCCAUUUCUCUGCUCAUAGAUGACCAGGUCGGGGACGAUACAGUGGUCAUCUCCAAAGGGAAAAAGACGCCAAGUACAUAACACAAGAGUUCUCAGUUCUUGUUACUGCUGGAUCUCAUGUGGAACAAAGUAAAUAAUGUGAGGUAGAAAAGAGAACUUCCAGAAAAGUUGGGACAUUUUGUACUACAGCGAAAAGAUUCCCAGUGUUUUCACUGAUCAGCUUUAUUGUAUUUUGUAAAUAUAAAUACAUUUACAAUUUGAUUUCUUCAGUAAACUCCAAAAAGUUGGGACAGAGGCAAAGCGGGUAAGAUACUCAGGUUACAGUGGUUCGAAACAUUCCACAAUGUAGGUUACCUGGUAAUAGGCACGGGACUCAUGAUUGGGUAUAAAAGGAGGAUCUAUCAAAGGUGCAGCAUCUGCAAGUACAGACGGGUCAGUUCAAAAUGAACAUUCUUAGUGCAAGACUGCAAAUAAUUCAGGUCUUUCACCAUCUUCUGUACAUUAUAUUGUGAAAAGAUUCACUAACUUCAGAGAAAAUGUAAAAAAAUAUUUGUGUUCCAUUUUACAAAAUGUCCCAACUUUUCUGGACAUAGUGUUUAUUAUAUAUUAUUCUGAGUUGAACCGUAUGGGACUUGAAUGUUUAGGUAACGGGUAAAAGUAUUUGAAUUGCAUUCUAUCUAAAGCAAAUAAAAUGAAGUGUUAUUUA